AUGUCUCAAGAUAUUGAUUAUGAUAAUAUCGACCUUGAAGCUAUCGAUUUUGAUAAAAUUGAUUAUUCAGAUACAGAUUUUCUACUUCCAUUAGUUCAAAAAACUCCCAAACCUGCUUUAACGGUAUUUCCCAUUGAGCUUUGGGAACAAAUCGGUUCUUACGUUAAUGAUAUUCAAACUUUAAAAAGUCUAAUUUUAACAUGUUCAGUAUUACGAGAAAUCUUAAAAGAACCAUUAAUAACUCAAAUGGUCAAUUGUGAGCCGUUAAACAAAUUAUUUGAAUUGACCAAAGAAUGCAUGGAAAAUGAUAAUAAAGAAAUCCAAAAAAUGGAUAUUAAAGAAAUUGUUUUAAAGAUGCAUAAAUAUGUUGAUAAAGUUGUCUACAGUGAAAGUGGCCCAUCUAAAUGGACUGAUGAUAUAUUUGAAUGGGAUGGAUACAAUGAAAAGUCGGAUAUUUCUACUAAUCAAGAAGCAUUUAGACGUGAAGUUGGGCGUAGAGGAAAAGCUAGGGCUAGAGCUUAUAUCGAAUGGGAAUUGAGGGUUGAAAAUGAAAGGAAAAUACUGAAAAGAGAGUUAGCUAAAUGUUGGGCGGUUACUGGAAAGAUGUUUCCAUUUAGCCAUGCGGAGAAUCGGGAAUGGAAAAGAAGACGUCAAGAAAGGUCAAACCCUGAUCAGGAAAGUCCGUUGAUACCAAAGGAAAAUAAAGACGCUCAUAAAUUAAAACGUCACCCGCAAAGUACGAAAGCUUGUGGCAUUUCCAAAAACAGUUUUCAACCAAGAUGUUCCAAACAAAAACCUCAUAGGACAGAAAAUUCAUUUCCUUCUCAAACUUCUCAAACUAGCGAUUCGUGGAAGUUUUCACAUGAAAUACGUAAUCAAAGUAAGCCUAAAAGACUGAAUGUUGGCAAAGGGGAAGAAGAAUAUAAUAAGAGAAUUUUAACGUCAUUUGUCACACCGAUGCAUUUUAACAAUGGUGCGUCUUUUGAAGGGUUACCACACGAUGUGAUGACCAAUUUUAUGAUUAAAAUUUUGAAAAGAUUCUUUGGAAGUAAUGAAAAGGUAUUAAAGUUUCCUUGUGAUUUAAGUGGAUAUCAGAGGAAGCGGUUGCAUCGACAAGCAGAAUUGUUGGGAGGAUUAAAAACUAUUAGUUUUGGUGAAGGUAGUGGUAGAUUUUUGGUCGUUAUGCGAGAAGAUGUUGAGAUUUUAUAG